AUGUCUGAACCUGCAAGGAACAAUGCCGAUCCCAUUCUGCUCACUCUUUUCGCGAACCGCUUUAUGUCAGUAGCUGAGGCCAUGGGUCGCUCGCUACAGCAGACGUCUAUCUCGACGAACAUCAAGGAGCGCCUGGACUUCUCCUGCGCUCUUUUUGCACCAGAUGGGGAUCUUGUGGCCAAUGCGCCGUUUAUCCCCAUUCAUCUAGGUUCUAUGAGCUUCGCUGUCAAGUAUCAGAUGAAGCUGUACGGGAAGGAUCUGAAGGAGGGCGAUGUCCUCAUGACAAAUAGCCCGCACGCUGGAGGAUCGCACCUUCCUGAUAUUACUGUCAUAACGCCCGUCUUCCACCCCGAGACGAAGGAGAUAAUCUUCUUUACUGCUUCGCGCGGGCAUCAUGCAGAUAUCGGAGGUAUCCUACCUGGGAGCAUGCCACCUACAUCUGUCUCUAUCUUCGAGGAAGGCGCCGAGAUCGUGUCGUUCAAGAUCGUGUCGGGCGGUGCAUUCGACCAGAAGGGCCUCUAUGAGCGGAUGAUAGACGCCCCUGCGCGCUACCCCGGCAGUUCGGGGUGCAGGAACAUUCGCGAUGUGGAGAGCGAUCUCAAAGCGCAGAUCGCCGCGAACCAUAAGGGCGCGCAACUCAUCCACCAAAUUGUUGAGGACUAUGGGCUCGAGACGGUGCAAGAGUACAUGCUGCACAUUCGCUCUAAUGCCGAGUCAUCGGUGCGGAAACUAUUACAGACGGUUGCGAAGGAGAAGGGCAACAAGCUCUCAGCGGUCGACUUCUUAGACGAUGGUUCUCCAAUCUGUUUGAGCAUCGAAAUCGACCCUGAGACUGGAAGCGCUGUCUUUGACUUCGAUGGCACGGGUUGGGAAGUGCGCGGCAACCUCAACGCGCCGGUCAGCGUCGUACACUCGGCCGUCAUCUACUGCAUGCGCGCAAUGUUGGACUCAGACAUUCCCCUCAACGCGGGAUGUCUUGUUCCUUUGGAAAUUCGCAUCCCACCUAACUCCCUGCUCGCACCCUCGCGCACCGCAGCUGUAUGUGGCGGCAACGUACUCACCUCACAACGUAUCGUCGACGUUGUCCUCCGCGCGUUCUCCGCCUGUGCUGCUUCUCAAGGCUGCACCAAUAAUCUCACAUUUGGAGCAGGCGGGAAAGACGCGCAAGGGAACGUUGAGGCCGGUUGGGGCUACUAUGAGACUAUCGCUGGUGGUUCAGGCGCCGGUCCAUCCUGGCACGGCACUUCCGGCGUUCACACGCAUAUCACAAAUACUCGUAUCGGCGACGUCGAGAUCCUCGAGCGUCGGUACCCUGUACUUGUACACCGCUUCGGUCUGCGCGAGGGUUCUGGUGGAGAUGGGAAGUACAAGGGUGGCGAAGGCGUCAUUCGAGAUCUUGAGUUCACAGAGGAGCUGCAAGUCAGCAUCAUGAGCGAGCGGAGAACCAGGCAACCCUACGGGCUCGAAGGUGGAGGACCUGCCGCCCUCGGACGCAACACCUGGAUCAAGCGAGCUCGCGCCGUAGACGGUGACCUCCCUCCAUCGAAAGCCGACGCAGAGAACGCGCUCCACGCGCCCGCACUCCCCGUAGACCCCGCCGUGCUGGACGAGCACACCGGUCAAUCGCGCUCCGCUCUCGAGCCGGGUACGCGCCGCAUCAAUGUUGGCGGAAAGGCAACACUUCGGAUGGGCAAAGGGGAUCGCCUGCUCAUUGAGACGCCUGGAGGCGGAGGUUGGGGGGCGCCAGACGGGUCAGCCGCCGGAGUGGGAGAGGUCGAUCUCGCACAUGUCAAGCAGUGGGCGCCACGGGGCAGUAUUGCCGAGCGCGAAGCUCAACAGGCAGGCUUUGGAGGGUUCUAA